CAAAAUUAGGGUAUAUAAAUGUUGAGGUACGGUUUGGGUUCGGCGGACGGAAGCUUCGGGACCUCUCCGAUCAUGGUGGCUUCGUCGCCUUCCUCUUCUUCCACCUCCUCCUCUUCGGAGUCUGGAUCGGAUUCGUCCUCCUCCUCCGUUUCCCGCCGUCGAGAUCGCCGCCGCAGUCGGCACCGCCGUGGGGAAAAUCUUAAGGCUCGCAAAGAGCGCAGCAAGCGGAAGCGCAAGCACCGUCGAUCUCCCAGCGACGGAUCCUCUAGUUCCUACAACGAAGGUUACAGUGAUGAAAACAUUUCUGAUAGCGAGGCCAAGCAUAAAAAGCACAAGCACGAGAGGUCCAAAAAGGAUAAGGAGAGGAGAAAGAGACACAGGAACAAGCAUCAAAAGCAGAAACAUAAAGAGAAGCAGCAGAGUUGUGGCAGUCCAGUCCAACUAUCCAAGUUCCUUGGCCGCGACAAAGAAGAUGGUGCUCGACGCAGUGCUAUUUCUGGUAAAAAGAUUCUCCUGAAGCUUGAUAAAUCGAAGGAAGACAAGAAGGCUGAGAGCAACCGUAAUGACCUGCUGAAGUUUCUGAAUGCUAGUUAUGAUUGAUUGUCGUUGAAGGAAGAUGGUUCUAAGAAAAUAUCAAAUUUUAAGAUUGUACAUGAAUUGUGUUUGCUCUUGUAAUGUUCUACUCUUGCAUUUUGACGUUUAGCAUGCCAACUCUCGGAUUACAUGUUUGUAGUCUAUUGAUUUGCAUAAGAGGUAAUGCUACUUUCUUGA